AUAGCUGCCAUCCACUCAAUGCAGCUGCCAUUUGACACCCUGCUUUAUAAAAUCCAGGGAUGUCCCCGUUCAUCGCAGCAGCAGAAACAGAGUCGCACAAGAUUGCUGGCUGGUUGUGUCUGUGUCUGCCAAGUUCAAAGCAUCAUCCGCCGCGAUAAGUUACCGACUCUACUACUCCGCACUAUACUAGAUAUAUAGUUACCCUCCCUCGAUUUGGGGCCCGCCAAACACCCCACGAAUUUCACGAAUCCUCUCCUUUCAGCAGCAAACAUCACAUCAUGGUUCUCGACCGUCUGCAACAAUUGGCUCAUCAUGUCAAGGCCACCGCGCCUCCUCCUCACCCCCUCGACCCCCUCUCGACCGCUGAAAUAGAUACUGCGGUGGCUCUCAUCCGCAAAGAGCAUGGCAAAGUCAACUUCAAUGCUGUCACGCUCUACGAGCCCCGCAAGGCCGAGAUGAUGGCCUGGUUGGCGGAUCCCCAGAAGACGCCUCGUCCCACCCGUAUGGCAGAUAUUGUUGCCAUUGCGCCCGGCGGCAAGGUCUACGAUGGCAUCGUCGAUCUGGAGAAGGAGAAGGUCGUCGAGUGGAAGCACACUCCCGGCGUGCAGCCUCUGAUCACAAUGGAGGAUCUGCAGGAGGUUGAGUCCAUCGUCCGCAAGGAUCCUAAGGUUAUCGAGCAGUGUGCUAUCGUCGGUAUCCCCAAGGAAGAUAUGCACAAGGUUUACUGCGACCCUUGGACCAUCGGAUACGAUGAGCGCUUCGGCGCCGACGUCCGUCUGCAGCAGGCGCUCAUGUACUACCGUCCCCACAUCGAUGACUCUCAGUACACAUUCCCCUUGGACUUCUGCCCGAUUUUCAACGCGGAGACGAAGGAGGUCAUUCACAUUGAUAUCCCUCCCGUGCGACGACCGAUCAGCAGGGCCGCCCCUAACAACUACGACGUGGCCUCCAUUGAGAAGGACGGUGGCUUCCGCACAGACAUCAAGCCCAUUCACAUUACCCAGCCUGAAGGCGUUUCAUUCAACGUCAACGGACGCAUCAUUGACUGGCAAAACUGGAACAUCCACGUCGGGUUCAACUACCGCGAGGGUAUCGUGCUCAAUAACAUCACCUUCAAUGACAAGGGCAACGUCCGCCCGGUCUUCUACCGUCUCUCCCUGGCGGAGAUGGUCGUCCCCUACGGUAACCCGGAGCACCCGCACCAGCGCAAGCACGCCUUCGAUCUCGGCGAGUACGGCGGUGGCUAUAUGACCAACAGUCUCUCGCUCGGCUGCGACUGCAAGGGCGCCAUCCACUACAUGGACGCGGCCUUUGUCAACCGCGCGGGCGCUAGCACGAUUGUCAAGAACGCCAUCUGCAUCCACGAAGAGGACAACGGCAUCCUCUUCAAGCACACCGACUUCCGCGACGAGUCGGUCAUCGUGACCCGCGCCCGUAAGCUGAUCAUCUCGCACAUCUUCACCGCUGCCAACUACGAGUACUGCGUGUACUGGAUCUUCCACCAGGACGGCACCGUGCAGUUGGACAUCAAGCUGACAGGCAUCCUGAACACCUAUGCGAUGAACCCCGGCGAGGACACCCAGGGCUGGGGCACCGAGGUCUACCCGGGGGUCAACGCGCACAACCACCAGCACCUGUUCUGCCUGCGCGUGGACGCCAACAUCGACGGGCCCAACAACACCGUCUUCCAGGUCGACGCCGUGCGGGGACCCGGCGAGGUCGGCAGCGCCGAGAACAAGUACGGCAACGCAUUCUACGCCCAGAAGACCAAGUUCCGCACCCCGCGCGAGGCCAUGUCGGAUUACGACGGCAACACCAGCCGCACCUGGGAGAUCGCCAACACCAACAAGCUGCAUCCGUACAGCAAGAAGCCGGUGACAUACAAGCUGGUCAGCCGGGAGGUGCCGCCUCUGCUGCCCAAGGAGGGUAGCUUGGUUUGGAAGCGCGCUGGGUUCGCUCGCCAUGCUGUGCAUGUGACCAAAUACUCGGACGACCAAAUCCACCCCGCAGGCCGCCACGUUCCCCAGACCUCGGGCGAGCCCUCCAUGGGUCUGCCCGCCUGGAUUGAAGAUGCCGGCGCCGACAGCUCCAUCGAGAAUACCGACAUCGUCCUCUGGCACACUUUCGGGCUGACCCACUUCCCCGCGCCGGAGGACUACCCGAUCAUGCCUGCAGAGCCGAUGACGUUGCUCCUCCGGCCUAGACACUUCUUCGCGCGCAACCCGGCACUGGAUGUGCCGCCGAGCUACGCCCGGACGCCGUCGCAGAUUGCUUCGGAUUCUUGUGGCUGUGCGUGCAAGAAGAGCGAUGGAUCGAGUGUGCAGGUUUAAUUGAGGAGUGAAUGUGGGGAUGGGGGUAUAAUGUGAAUUUCUUGUAUUCUUGUAUAUAUCUUUAGGAUUUUCAUUGGACUUUUCG